CCAGGAUAACCGAACCUGGAUUUCACCCUUGUUCUGCAUCUGUAGCUCGUCGGCCAACAGGUCCCCCAGUAGUCCCUAUGGAGUGCUGACAUCAGUUAGUCUGCAAGAGAAGUUAUAUCACGUUUGGAGGUUGAUAAUCUUGGCGGGAGUUGCAUUUACCAAUUCGAUUACUCCCAUCUUCUCAUGGCUGACGGUGUAACGUUCCCGUUCUUGCGGCAAGUCGGCUCCCUCUGGACCUCAGAGGAGGAUCUGGUGCUCUUGCGCCACGUGGCGGUGCACGGGACCAAGUACUGGGGUUUCCUUCAAGCGUCCGGUACUCUGCCGCAUCGGGACCAAAAGGCGUGUUGCAACCGCUUCAUACUGCUCAAAAAGCGUCAUUUUCUGGAGCGAGGGAAGGACGUCGCGGCGCGAGGCCGGCAGCACCAGGCCGCGUUUCCCCGGGAUGACCGCGCCAUCGCCUCCUCGGUCCUGCAGCUGCCGUGCGACUCGUCGUCGUCCCCGGCGAGCGACUCCCACUCCAUGCGAUCGCGUGGUCCGUCGCACGCGGCGGCGGCGGUGACGCCUUCUGCGACUGCGACAGCGACGGCGACGGUGGAUGGAGAGUCGCAGGCGAGCGCGUGCAGGACGGACUCGGCGGCGCAAAGCAGCCAGCGGCUGAUGACAUGGGCCGCCACGGCGGGGCGGAAGCUCCAAGGCGAGCUCAAGCGAUGCCGCGAGGAGAGCGCUGCGGCUGAUGCUGCUGCUGGUGCUGCUGGUGGUUCUGUUGCUGGUUCUGGUGCUGGUGCGACUGGCCCACGAGCUCAGAUGACGAUGAUGGGCGGGAAAGAUACCUCUGUUUCCGUGGCGAAUCAACUCCGAGCUGAAUGGAUGGAGCACCAUGCUCGCUACUACGGUCACGGUCUCGGCGGUCAUGGCGGUCAUGGCGGUCAUGGCGGUCAUGGCGGUCACAGCGGUCACGGCGGUGGCUCUGUCGUGGCGGUGGCGCUGUCUUCCGCUUCGCAGUAUCAUCUCGCCCUGGCACGUGGCGGGGUGGGCAGCGGCGGCCAUGAAGUCGGUUCCCAGUGGACCCGGAGGGUCAAACCGCGCCUCGACGCCGCGAGCGACGCGCCAGCCUUUUCCGCACCCCGUGCGUCUGCAAACCGCGCCGUCCCGUCGUCGCACUUCGCUCUCUCCAACGCCGCUACCUCAAGCGCCGCCGCCGCCGCGAGCGCCGACUUCGACCUCGCUGUUCGCCUGUUCCCGUCUCUUAGCAAGGCUUUCGCGGGGGCGCCUGUUUCGACUUUCAAGGAAGCGACGGCAGACACGGAAACAGCCGUAACUGCGGCGGCGGCGGCAGCGACGGCGGCGACAGCAGCAGCAGCAGCAGCAGCUACGUCCAUGGCGUGCGCUCCGUCGCCGAUCUCCCGCCAGUUACUCCUCUCCCCCGCGCAAUCCGCCGCCGCGCUCUCGUCCUCCGCCCCCGCUCACGCAUCCCCUGCUGCCGCUGCCUCCGCCUCCAUCUCCGCCGCCGCCUCCGCGAGCAACAGAGGCGGAAACGCGUGGGCGGGUGCCCGGGCGCCUUCGGGGUCGUGUCAGUCGUUGGUGCCGUCGUCCUUCUCGCCGUCGCACCUUCCGCCGUACACAGGCGCGGCGCAGGGCAAGAAAUGGGGGUAUUGGGGGAACAACGGUCGGGGGGAGGUUGUGGAUAGAGAGGAGGUAUGCAUGGUGCAGUGCGUGCCUGGGAGGAGGAAGGGCAGGGGAAACAUGCAGGAGCAAGUGGUUCCCAAGAGCACCCUCACUCACCACCACAGACUCAACCACUUGCCGUUGGACCCCCCUGCUGCCGCUGCACCAGCUGGCGCCGCCGCCGCUGCCAUCGCCGCCGCCGCUGCUGCUGCUCCUUCUGCCAAAGCUGCUGCUCUGGCUUCUGCCCUAAGGUCUCGGCUGCCUGGUUACUCGCCAUUUACCGUGCCGAUGUCGUCAACACAUUCUUAUUCUGCAGCACCGCCUGCUGCUCCUGUCAGUGGUGCUAGCUUCGCUGCUGCACCUUCUGCCAUCCCCACUGCUGCUGCUGCAUCUGGCGCCAUGGCAUCAGCGCAGCAAGCACCUGGGAGGCAGCGACUGGAGCACAAGCCAACGCGCAUGCUCCCACCAGCCAAGGCUGCGAGUGUGAAGGUGAAUGAUGGUGGGGGGGGAGGUGGGGAGGCGUGGGAGAGAAGCAAGGAGGAAGGCGUGUUUGGGUGGAUGUAUGGAGGCGGUGCAGGGCCAGAGCAGCUGCAGGCGCUGCUGGUGUCUGUGGCGGGAAGUGUGAGGGAGGAGGAAGGGCAAGGACUGGAGGUGAAGGAUGAGUCGCUCACAGGCAUGAAUGUGGUGGAUGCUGGUCAUGCUACACAUGGCACAAAUGGUUCCGGAGGAGGGGAUGGGGGUGCAGUAACAGCAGCAGCAGCAUCCGUGGGAGCAGUGAUGAGAGCUGCUGCGGCUGGGGAAGGGCAGGGAGACUCAAAUGUUCUACUUGAUGCGAUGCUGGAUGGGCUCUGCGACCUUCUGGUCCCUAAUUGGGACCCUUGUGCCUCAGCUGCUCUCCCUCCUGCUGCUGGUACCACUGUUAACGCUGAUACCGCCACUGCACCUGCUGCUGCUGCAUCUGCUUUUGCUGGUGCGACUGUGGCUGAUGUGGCAUCGUGUGAAGUGCAGGCAGAUCAGGAUCAGCUGCAGUUUGUGGCGCAUCUGUUUGAGCAGCACCAGCAGGUGCAGCAGGUGCAGGGAGCAUGGGAGCACGGGGGGCACAAAGAGCAGGAUUGGAUGCUGACUGCAGCCACGCACAAAUCCACACGUCUGGAUCAUUCACAACCGUACCAGUUGACAACGCCAAUGCAAUUUGCGCCUCGAUCCGUGUCGUCCCUCCUGACAGUUCCUGAGGAACCCAGCCUUGUCUCUCGGAGGGUGCCUCAGUCCCUCCCUGGCACGGUUGGUCAUCAUACCUGUGUUGUUCCCAAAUCGCCCCCACGAGCCUCACACAUGGAGGUUGGAAGGGAAAUGCAUGGCGAUUUCUUUGAGAAAGAAAUCUUCUCUCGGCCUGAUUUGCUUCUGGAGAGAAUGGCAGCUGCCCGCACUUACCAUUAAGACAUGAUAAAGUGAAUGCCUUAUGUUAGUGGUACCGAUACUACCAUACCAUAUUUCUGGUGUAGUUGUUUGAGCUGGUAGCUUAGGUUGGUUUUUGAACGAAGUGUGUUCUUUUGUUUUUUCUUGUCAUCCAAAUAGUUUGCUG